AUGUUCUCCUUCACCAAGAUCGUCUCUUUUGCUGUGCUCGCUUUGGGCACUCUCGUCUCUGCGUCUGCAAUCCCAGCUGUCAAGAGUGUCGUCGUCGUUUCCCCCAAGGCGACCAUAAAGGAGCGCGAUGGCACCAGCCUAGCCUCUGUCUUUGCGGACCUGACCACAUCGCUCCAGCCCGUCCUCUGUAGUUCCAUCGUAGCUGGCCUCCCCGGGACCACCGACCCUGUCGCUCUCCAGUCCGGCAUUACUCAAGUCACUUCGCUCAUUCAGUCGGCCAGCUCCACCCUUUCCGGCCUCACCAGCCAGCCCCAGUCCCAAACGCUCUCCACCCUCGACGGCACCGGCCUUCUGAGCGUCACCGACGUCGCAGGCCUCCUGGGAGGAACACUGACCAGCGUCCUUGGUGUCCUCGGGCCUCUCACUUCGGGCGUGGGCGCCGUCGGCACCGUCGGUCUGCUUACCCCUCUUUUGGCUGUCAUCACGACGCUGUUAACUGUGGUGCUCACGCUCGUCGGCGCCUCGGCUUUGGCCCUCGUCACCGCCCUCUUGCCGCUCAUUAUCACGCUCAUCCCCACGCUUUUGUCGCUCCUCCUUCCCAUCAUCUUGGGAUUGCUUUUACUUUGA